AUGGCGGCCAUAUCGUCGCUUCCUUUCGCUGCACUGCGCCGAGCGGCCGACUGGAGGCCGUCAACGGCGACUGCCGCGGUGAGCGUCUCCGGUGGCGUCAUGCUCAACGCGAGGGCUCGGCGGGGAUCACGUUCGGUGGUGCGCUGCGUCGCUACGGCUGGUGAUAUCCCACCUACUGUGGCAGAUACAAAGAUGAACUUCCUGAAGUCAUACAAACGUCCUAUUCCAAGCAUUUACAGUACAGUCCUACAAGAACUUUUGGUGCAGCAACAUCUGAUGAGAUACAAAAGUACCUAUCAGUAUGAUCCUGUGUUUGCUCUUGGAUUUGUCACUGUCUAUGACCAGCUUAUGGAAGGGUACCCCAGCACCGAGGACAGGGAUGCCAUCUUCAAGUCAUACGUAACGGCGUUAAAUGAAGAUCCUGAGCAAUACAGGGCUGAUGCACAAAGGAUGGAAGAGUGGGCACGCUCACAAAAUGGUAACUUGUUAGUUGAAUUUUCUUCCAGAGAUGGGGAAAUAGAGUCCAUUCUGAAAGAUAUAUCAGAAAGGGCCCAGGGUAAGGGAAACUUCAGCUACAGCCGGUUCUUUGCUGUUGGCUUGUUCCGUUUGCUUGAGCUCUCAAAUGCGACGGAGCCAACCGUACUGGACAAGCUUUGUGCUGCUCUAAACAUCAAUAAAAAGAGCGUGGAUAGAGACCUUGACGUUUACCGCAACUUACUCUCGAAACUGGUUCAAGCCAAGGAACUUCUCAAGGAAUACAUCGAGAGGGAAAAGAAGAAGAGAGAGGAGAGAUUGGAGACGCCCAAGCCGAAUGAGGCUGUUGCAAAAUUCGAUGGAAGCGCUUAUCCCUUGAAGCAUUAA